GCACUUCAUGCACCGCAGAAAAUAUACCCUUGAUAAGAGCCUACAUCUAUUGUGAUGCGCCUCGGCCUGUGUUUGAAAAUUGAAUCACUCCCCCUUCUCCCUCCUCGCUUUAUUUCGAAGUCUCAUGAUAUUUCCAGUAGUAUUUUGGUAAUAAGUUCGAACCCAGCUUCUUCUUCUCCUGGCCAUGGAAGCCAUACUCGUAGAUUGUGUCCAAAACAGUUUGCGGCACUUCAUGCACCGCAACGCCAUUUUUAUGUGCGAACGACUCUGCGCCGAAGCCCCCUCAGAGAUAAAUAUGCAGUUGCUAGCUGCUUGCUACUUGCAGAAUAAUCAAGCCUAUGCUGCAUACCACAUCCUCAAAGGAACACACAUGGCUCAAUCGCGCUACUUAUUUGCACUGUCAUGCUUUCAGAUGGACCUUCUUAACGAAGCAGAAAUGGCUUUAUCCCAUACUGAUGAUCCAAAUUCAGAGGCACAGGUUCCAAAUGGUGCUGCUGGUCAUUAUCUUCUUGGGCUAAUUUACAGGUAUACAGACAGAAAAAAGAGUGCCAUUCACCAUUUCAAUCAGGCCCUGUCAAUGGAUCCACUGCUAUGGGCUGCCUAUGAGGAACUGUGUAUACUAGGCGCUGCUGAAGAGGCAGCUUCAGUGUUUGAUGAAGAAGCAUCUCUUCGUGUUCAAAAGCAACACAUACUUCAUGGGAGUCAAUUUCAAUCUCUAUCAGCAUCUAUUGAAGAUCAUACUGUAUUUUCUAACAAAAAAAAUUACUCUGAAGAUGGAAGUCCAAGACAGUUGCAACAUGUGCAUAGCAACAACUUAUGCGAAUUUAAUGGAAAUUAUAACAGAGCAGUAGUUGGUGGAGUUACAAAUCAGACUCUUGGUGGCAGCUCUGCUAAUACAGCAUUCUGUAAUACUCCUUCGCCAAUGGUUUCACAGAUAUCAGGUAUAAUUCCUCCCCCUCUCUGCAGAAAUGCACCACAAAACGGGGUUCUCCCAUCCGCACCGGGUGGUCACAACUCUUCGCGAUCAACUGUGAACCAUAUUGUUUAUCCCACUCGGCCCCGCAGAAAGUUUGUUGAUGAGGGGAAGUUGAGAAAGAUAUCAGGGAGGCUAUUUUCUGAUUCUGGCCCUCGACAAAGACUCGGUGGAGAAUCAGUGAGCAACACUAGCUCAACUGCAUCUACAGGAUCUGGAAAUGGAUUAAACCAUUCAUCCAAAUUCCUUGGUAGCUCUAAGCUGGGCGCAAUGACAUUACGUUCCAUGACAACUAGAAAGGCACAAUCAUGGGCUAGUGAAAACUUCGAUGAAGUUCGGGAUGUCUGCGAUGAUUCACGGUUUAAUGUCCCUACUAUGUCAGCGUCUUUAGAUAGUACAACUAUUGAACAUGAAGGGCCUAGUAAGUGUCCAGGUAUUAACACGGCCGGCACAGAUCUCCUAUCUGGGGCCUUAGAAAUAUUGGACCUUUUGCGGACUCUUGGGGAAGGCUUUCGACUUUCAUGUCUGUAUAGAUGCCGGGAUGCCUUGGAUAUGUAUAACAAACUUCCACACAAACAUUAUAACUCUGGAUGGGUGCUUUCCCAAAUUGGGAAAACAUACUUUGAAAUGGUUGAUUAUCUAGAAGCAGAUCGUGCAUUCAGUCUUGCCCGUUUAACCUCACCUUACAGUUUAGAGGGACUGGACAUAUAUUCGACAGUGUUAUAUCAUUUGAAGGAGGAUAUGAAGUUAAGUUACUUGGCGCAGGAACUGGUAUCAACUGAUAAAUUAGCUCCUCAAUCAUGGUGUGCAAUGGGAAAUUGUUACAGUUCACAGAAGGACCACGAAACUGCUCUUAAAAAUUUGCAACGAGCUGUACAACUAAAUUCCAGAUUCGCAUAUGCUCACACUCUUUGUGGUCAUGAGUAUGUUGCAGUGGAGGACUUUGAGAAUGGUAUUCAGAGUUAUCAGAGGGCACUUGGGGUUGACAACAGACAUUAUAAUGCCUGGUAUGGUCUUGGGAUGGUCUAUCUCCGGCAAGAAAAGUUUGAAUUUGCAGAACACCACUUCCGUAUGGCGCUCCAAAUCAAUCCCCAUUCUUCCGUUAUCAUGUCAUAUCUAGGGACUGCGUUACAUGCAUUGAAGAGAUAUGUGGAAGCAUUAGGAGUGAUGGAGAAGGCUAUUUUAGCUGAUAAGAAAAAUCCCCUCCCAAUGUAUCAAAAGGCAAACAUACUUGUGAGUAUGGAAAAGUUUGAUGCGGCUUUGGAAGUGUUAGAGGAGCUUAAAGAACAUGCUCCUCGUGAGAGCAGUGUGUACGCUUUGAUGGGUAGGAUCUACAAAAGGCAAAACAUUCAUGACAAAGCCAUGCUUCAUUUUGGCCUAGCAUUGGAUAUGAGACCAUCUGCAACCGAUGUUGCCACCAUUAAGGCGGCCAUUGAGAAGUUGCAUGUGCCAGAUGAGUUAGAAGAAGACGUGUUAUGAAACUUCUGAAUACAAUUUUCAAGUGGAGAAGAAGAUAGUCUGUCAGCUAAUGCAUAAACGGUUCAAUCCGAAGGCCUGAGUUAUGAAGUUGUACUAAUGUAGUAAAGUUGUUUCUUAUACAGGUUUAUCUAGGCUUUCCAGCUCCCGCUCUCUCUUAUUUAUCUUUAAUAUUCUGUGUUCUUUAGGUCAUCCCGCUGUCCGAAUGCAUUCCCCCAUGUAUGUAUUGUAUUUUCCUAAUUUUGAAUACAGAUAGAUGCUCAAGUCUCUGUAUCACAAGACUAGACUAGACAUAGUUAGUCAUUCUUGCCUGUUCGCUGGGCAGCGCUGAAGGAAAAUAUAAGCAAUAGGUCUUAUUCGAAUUGAAUUCGUUUGUUUAUUUAUUCUUUAAUGUUCUACUGUAAUAGUAUCUCCUUCAUUCUUCUAUUAGCCAUUUAUUCAAAGAACUUGGAAUUUGUUAAAUAGUCAUAUGCACAAAUGCUCGUUUUAGAGCAGUUUGAUGCUU